GAGAAAGGGGAGGACGUUGAUAGCUCUUGGCUUAUCAAAAAGGUUCUGUGUAAGUUCCCUGAUGCGCUUAAGCGUAAAGUGAUAGCGAAAAAACAAGGAAGCGCAUCAACUACCCCUUUUUCGAUGAGCUUACUUUUUCAAUACCUUGAUGAGGUGAUAAGCACGGAGGAAUUGUUUCUGAUGUUUUCAGCCCACGGAGGAAGAUCUUCCAUUACUAAGGAUAUCCGAAAUGCAGGAAGUGGCCCAGUAGAUGCGUCAAGAAAGGAAAAGGUUCGGGAAAACAAUGGUAGCAAUGGCAGGACGACAAUGAAAGUCAAGUCACAUGCCAUUACGACCCCCGAAAACGAGGAGUUGGCCCCGGCUGACAAAGAAUCGGUAGAAACUGCUGUUAUUCAGCAACAUUCCACCCCUAACAAGAUUUCACCUACGCAUCCGUGCUUACCAAUAGGGGAAGUAACAGUUGUCGACACCAGAACGAGAGCACUUAUGACUGUGAAUGUGCUGCUAGAUACCGGAGCGGAACUAUCCUUCAUAGAUAGUGCUCUAGCUGAACAACUACAGCUACCGAUUAUUGCGGUAAAAGAUGUUCAGCUUAUGACCUUCGGAUCAGAUGAGGUCAGAAAGUGUCGCUGCAAUAGGGUACGCCUGGACGUCUGGGAUAUAGACGGUAACCCUCAUACCCUCGACUUGUUCACCUAUCAUAUCUUGACGCGGCCGCUCGAAUCACCAACCCUCACAGUCGACGAUAUGGAGUUUCUCCGCUCUUCAGGCCUACCAAUAACGGGGAAUCAAAACAGGCGGAAAAUAAAGCCAUCCAUCCUUUUAGGAUGCGAUCAGCUGUGGGAGUUUGUGAGAAGCGACAAAACUUCAAUAAGCCUACCAUCAGGCAUGCACGUUUUACCGACGAAAAUAGGGUAUCUAGUUUCGGGAAAACCAACUCAAAAUGGGCAUAAGCAAGUGUUUGAAGAUAUCAAUUCUGCCAUGCAACAUCGACUUUUCGGCAGCACUAAGGACAACAUAGAAGGUGCCUGA